AUGUCUUCCCUCCCCUUCGUCCCUCGCUCGCUCACAGCCCGCAAGCACAACAAAACCGUCCCACCGCCUUUCAUUCCAUCUGCCAGCGUGCAUGCUCUCGACGCCGUCGAAGCCAACCCCGAGCCCGCGCAGACCACCGGCCGCGCAACGGGGGGUACCGACAAGCUGCAUGCCCUUCUCCUGACCCUAGCGCUCUCCGACCAUGCCUUGUGGGCAGAUCCUACCCUGCGCGAUCCCAACAGGGAUGGCUUCGUUGUGCUCGGCGCUCUUCUCCGCACUUCUCCAGUGUUCGCGAGCAUCAGCUCUCUUCCCAGCGAAGUCACGAUUGUAAAAGCUCUUCGUGCGCACGCGGAGGACGCGUUCGAUAUUCGCAUGAUCAUGGUCAACACAGCGCGCUCAACGCGAAGCGCAUCAGAGACAGGCGGCUACGAACUUCGGCGGAGAGACUGGCACUCCGUCCUUCAACAGUUCCACACCUUUGAUCGCAAAUACUGGCAUUUGAGGACAAUCUACAUAGAAAAUAUACCGUCGUCACAUCGCUCUAUCUCUGACGUCGUCCGCUUCCUUACCUCUGUUCGUCCCUCGUCUUCCACCGAUCGCAUCCGCCGCUUUCAAAAUAUCUCGUUUCCCAUUCCUUCCGAAGAUUCGCUCGCGAAACCUCCGAGAUGCAGAGGCUUCGCCCUGGUCAUACUUUCUCGUCUCGAAGAUGUCGAAACACUCUUACUGGAAUGGCCUUGGGAUAGACCAUAUCGACAAAACGACUCUCCUCUGCUAGCAGCUGAUGAACCCAGCCAAGGUACGCCCACCCGCCUGCGAGCUUUGUCCAGAGCUCGCUGGGAACAGCUGCAAGAUGAAUAUGCGGCCUACCGUGCCGACCUCUUGAGCAAGAUGGCAGCUUCUUCUGUCGUAAAUAGAGUGCCCCACGCUUUCUCUUCAGGUCGUGCCGACGUAAAACCCGAUACAAAGGCUGACGAUCACUCUCCUCGCGGCGACGCUGUCCGGCCGAUGGACCUCGACCCUUCUGCUCCGUACCCACCGAACUGUCUCGUCUUCGUCCGCAACGUGAAUUCAGAGACUAACAAGACUGCUCUUCGUGCUCUCUUUUCUGCUGCCCUAUUGGAAGGAGGCGGGGACUUGCCGCCGGACGGUAUCGACUACGUUGACUUCAACAAGGGCCUCGAUACAUGCUACCUUCGCCUCGCAACGCCUCGACACGCCCACGCUCUCGUAGCCCACUUCACCCUCAAUUUAACAGUCCAGGCGAACGGCCUCGAUUCAUCCGGCGCCCCCGCAGCGCUAAACACCUCGCAGAAGCCGCUCGAAUUUGAGCUCGUCCAAGGGCGGCGGGAAGAGGUGUACUGGGAGCGAGUCCCUGAAAAAGUUCGCCGUCAGGCCGUUCAACGCGCCCGCGAAGUCGGCCAGCAACGUGAGGGCAGUGGCCGCGGCGCGAAGGAAGUAGUGGUUGCAGCCUCCCUCGAAGAAGAGUCGCAGGCGCGCAAAAGACGACGAAGACAUAAGUAA